AUGAAAGCACCAUUGGGAUUAUGGAAGGCCUCUAAGGUCAACAUAUGGAGCGCGCAGAGAAGGGCUUUGUCAAUAACCAGACACCUAGAUAACAAUGCGAGUGGUGGAGUUUCGACUGCUACCUCCACAAAGGAGGGACCAGCUCUUCCAGCCGAUCUUUACAUGCACCCGGAAAGGUGGAAGGGUUUGCCACCCCAAAAAAUAUUGGAGUUAUACUGGGAAAGGAUGGCUAGAUUAGGUUCAGAGUAUAAACCCAACAAGGACGAAUUGAACGCUUUAUUAGCCACAUCGGAGUAUUCAAAUGUUUCAAUCAACGAUAUUAAGAAGUUAUAUUAUGGAGGUGAACAAGGCGCUAUUGACGUUAAAGGCGGCAGUGCAAACCGCGAUAAUAGUCUUAGACCAUUUAUGUUUGACGAAUUACCAUCCCAAGCUCAAGAAUUGGUGGCUCAACACCGUGAACAAAGAUUCUAUAAUAGAUUAGCUGCCUAUGAAUUACCGUUGUUGGCGCAGUACCGCCAGGAAUACAAGAGACCAUCUCCGAAAACUCACCCGGUCACGUACAGAUACACUAAUUACGUCGGUGAGGAACAUCCAAAUUCGAGGAAAGUUGUUUUAAGUGUUAAAACAGAGAAUCUGGGACUAGAGCCAAAGUCCUUGCAUAAGUUCAAAGUAUUAGCCACUUCGCGUUAUGACCAUACCACCGACAUUUUCAAAAUGUCCAGUGACAAGUUUGAACAUGCAUCACAAAACGCACGAUAUUUGCAUGAUAUUCUACAAAAAUUGCUGACCGAAUCAAAAAAUCUGGCUGAAGAUGAUUUCAACGAUGUGCCUAUUGACACAAGACAUACUAUUGCCAAGAACUUACGUAAAAAGAAGCACAACUAUAAAUUUCCUGAACACUGGAAGCGCCCUGAGGAUGCACCAAAGAAGAACUUUGAUGUUGUAGAUCAAUUAUUGAGCACGCUUCAAUGA